UACGCGCGGACGGUGCGCGGCGCAGAUCGAUAGCAUAGCACGCCCGCCCCUCAUAGCUCCCGUCACCUGCCGCGACUAGCAGCUCGCACGCGAAACUCUUCAAAAAUGAAGUAAUCCCAAUCAAAUAUACCACCCACUCGCUGUCGGGUAAGAAACGAGUGCUUUCCUCAGUCAAUUCCCCACCAACAUUAGUUCAAGGUCAAGGUGGACCUCCAGGAAUCCAUCAUUACUAUCAGACUACCUCAAAACACUGCAAGCAGUAUCGUGUUUAUUUGUGUGGAUUUUAUUUUUAAUUAUUACGCGUAGUGGGCAAGGUCGUCGUUUAUUUUGCCGUGCACAAAUGUCGGAUCUUUUCCAUUGCAAGCGCGCGCGUGCUCCGAGGUAGAACGGAACAAAGGUCCGAUCAGUCGAAGAGCCUCUGUGACAGAGCAGCUAUGGCCUCGAAGGUCCUAGUACCAAGUGCACCCUUCGCUAAAUUACAGGUGAAGAAAUCACCGCCCGAGUCGAGUGGCGCAGCGGGUUUCAUCAUCGGCGGCGACGCGGUGGCCAGGGUCGCUCACCUGGAGCACAGCGUGAGGUUCCUGCAAGAGCAACACCGGCUGAUGCUGAGCGGCCUCCAUGCCGAGAUAGAGGCUCUGCGAGAGAGAAAUAGAGACUUACAAUUUCAACUAAUUUUCAACAAAGAGGCAACUGUGAAGACAGCGCCCCCUGUGGCGGAUGAAACAGUCGAAAGCAAUGAGGACAAAUUACGUGUAGAAGUUGGUCGCUUGGAGAAGGAGGCAGGCGCGGCGCGAGGCGAGGCGCGGGCGGCGGAAGCGCGGGCCCUACAGCUUCAAAGACUCGUAGAUGCGCAAGCAGAGAAGCUGCGCGAGCUGGAGCUGCGCUCGGGCGGCAGCGAGGCGGGCGGCAGCGGCGACGACGGCAGCGCGGAGAGCCGCGCCGAGCUGCGGUUGCGGCUGGCCGAGGCGGAGCGGCUGGUGCGGCGCCUGCGCGCGGACGCCGAGCGGCAGCGGCGAGAGGUACUCGGGGGCGCGGGCGUCACCAACCUACUGUUCGACGGCGCGGCCGCACGACACGCGCACUUACAGUGCAUGAAGAACUCCCUGCACGCGUCACUGCGCGCUAGCGGCCUGGACAGCUUUGGCUACCAGAAUCACUAUCACUUCCCGCCCGUGCACAACUCUGACUUCUGGCGCGAACCACUAAGAGAAGAAUACAGUAUGGGAUCACGAAAUCGAAACAACAGAAGACCUCUCACACUGCCAGAGCUCACAGCCGUCGGGCAGCCACUUCGCGCCACCGUGUAUGCUAAUCCUCAUACACGGGUACGGGGCUAUGACAAAAACAAAAAGAGUCAAUCUACAAACGGAGAAACCACUAACGGAAAAAGUCCAGAAGAACCAUCAGAAGAUCCGCGAUUUAUACCGAUAUGCACCGAUAAGGAUAGUUUAUCAAAACCAGUUACCGCUGGAAAAUCGAACGAGAGUCCAUUUUCCACUUAUCCAGAGUUGAAAAUAGUGGUUACUAAAAUUAUACCCCACGGAAACGUAAGUUCGCCCGGAGGUGACGCGAAGUCACGGGCGCGACGCUCGCAGCGCAAGCACAGCGACCACACAUAACUACCGCAGCGGAUUACGAAACUCUCACAAAUAUAGCCUUAUAUUAUUUACCUAGACCAGUGACAAAUACAACUCGUACCUAACUCACCACAGAUUACUUUGUAACAAGUCAGCACAUCACUGACGUCAGUAGUGUUGCUAGAGGCAAAUUUUAAAUUGUCGUGUUCGGCGAAAUUGACACGUUUGUAUUGAAACUCAAGACUUGUGAUUGCCGUAGCUAUACCAUGAAUAUAUAAGCUAAAUCAUGUUUUAAAAAACAACACUGUUUAUUAUUAAAAAAAAGCAACUUAUAAAUUUCCAUAACCUUUAACUUAUAAUUGUAACAAGUUUACACUCGAUGCGUGUUCGUAUUUUUUUUAAAUAUAAAAUCAUUUUGUACUAGUAACACUAGCGCAGCACUGCGCAGACGCACCAAUUGUGAAAUAUUUACAAGUUUUAUAGUUAAUUUUGAAAAACCGCCAACCCAAAAAAAUCCAACAAAUUCAAAAAUUCUAAAUUGAUACGUCUGCCUUGUACCCAAACAGUUUAUCUUUAGAAUUCAGUGUUACGAUUUUGCUUUUUCUAGUGCCCUAUUAAUUAAUACUUAUGUUAAGUUUUACAUAUGAUUAUAAAACGUUUUUUUUAAAUGAUUCUUGUACCUGUUACGAAAAACAAUUUCCAUUUUUUAAUGACAGUCAAGUUACUGAACUUAUUGUAUCUUCGGAAAGUGACGUAAUCGACAUUUUACCGGAUAAACGGUUUUUGAUCAGAUGUACCAGUUCUCGAUCGGAAAACAAUUGUCAGUACAAUUUUUGCAUUUUUUUAAAUUGCCUCAAGUCUUAGUAUCAAGUAGCACUAAUGAUAUAUUCGUGUUAAAUUGUAAUGGAAUAAAAUGUGAUUUAGUUGUAGGAUUCAAAUGUUACCUCAACAAAAUAAUAUUGUUCGUGCAUUUUAGCGACAAAUAAUAAUUAUGUACCUAAUUCAAUUAUUAUACUUAUGCAUUUAUAAAUAAAUGUAAUGUCAAAAUCAUCGUGUAUUUAUAGAUUUUCUUACACAAUUCAAUUACAGUAGAUAAUAUAUUACACCAAUACAAUGAAAUAGUAAGUGCCUAGAUCAUGACAUACCAACAGCACUUGGACGAUCGUAAACUAUAUUACAACGGAGCUGUAGUGACGUCAUCAAAACUUAUCGUAUUUACAUAAGAAUUGAAUUAUUGAAUAAAGAUAUUUAUCAAUUUAAUCAAUUUAGGUUUAUCGUACGCUAAAUCAACCAAAUAAAAGCAACAAAUUCUUAAUCGUCAAAAUAAAUUCAGAAGAAUAGUCUACUGGAGCAAGUGGAAUAUAAAAAAUUAUUUAUUUUGCCGGUGCGGUUUUUGUCUACUAUCUUCUGUUCUCGUAGAAAUAAUUAGACAGCUCUUUAAAUUCCAAAUUGAUGAUAAUAAAUAUUAUAAAAUAUUCAUAUUAUUUAAAAGCAAUAAUGUUUAUUCACGGUUUAAUGACAGAUCCUCGAGUAUAAGUUUCUAAACAAAAUCAUUUUUUAGAGUUGACGUAAAUCUGUCAACUUGAAAACUUCGUGAAACAUAUUGGACAGAUUCUCAGCAGUAAUGCAUUUGCUUGAAUACUUACAUUCACUAUAAAUUGGCAUAAAGAGAAAGUACAAUGUAAAUAGAAUAGCACUGCUCUAAGACCCGUCAAGGAUGUUUAGAGAUAACAUAUAUACAGUCGAAUUGAUCUAUAUAAGAUCUUAAACGCUAUAAGAGCUAUAUAACCGUUUAAUCGAUAAAACAUCACUAUAGCGAUUAUAUAGGUCUAUUAAUGACGUUUUAAUAUUUCUUACUCUAGCUUCGUACCAAAUGGGACGGCUCACCUGUAGGGCCUGUUGUAAAAACUCCAUUAGUGAUUCGAAUAUUUUAUAAAAUAAUAAGAAUUAUACCUAAUCGGUAAUUAUUAAUUGAAUAAUUACUUGAUUUAGAAUAAUAAAUUACGAUUGUUACAAAUAAAUGCAAUUGAUUAAAAGUAAAACAAAUAAUAAAAUGUGCUCAAGUAUACUUUACUAAAUGAGCGUUAGUUAUGUUUGAUUCCAAAACGUUUAAUUAUCACGUUGUCUGCCAUUAAGUUUGAUUACCGUUCAUACUGAAGUCAGGCAAUAGUACAAACCUAAGCAGUAUUAUUUGUUAUAUAUACCACAGACUAAACAGCAAAUUUAAUCCAAAAAAACCGCCUGUGUAUUCUAGGUUUUAUGUAUCUUUUUUUAUUGUUGCUAUUUGCUAUUCAGUCAUGUCGGCAGACGAUCGUCGCGAAAAAUAACAAUACAUUCCUUUUUCUUUAUUAUUAUCAUUUUAGUCGUAGUUGUUGUUACACUCCAUUUUGGUUUGCAUCUCUUAUUAUAUUAACAAUCUUUUAAUGACCUACUAGUGAAAAUAUCGUUUUGAAAAUGCUUAAAAAUAAUAAAGCUUAUACUAAUAAACAAUAUAUAGCAAUAUAAUUUGUUUGCAUAUUAAGACAAGUUAAAAAAAUAGACUAAGUUUAGUUUAAUAUCAGCAUGUAUGUUACCGGCACCGUCGUCAGUAUGGACGGUACGUUAGGCAAUCUACAUUUGUGAGAGCGUUUGUAAACCUUACGCUAAAAUUAUUGUAGCCUUAUCCAAUAUUAUCUAAUUAUGAAAAUAUAUUAUGAAUAAUUAUUGAUAUAAUAAUAUAUUUAUUGCGAAUAGAUUUACUUGUUUUAUUGAAUAGAAAAUUCUAAAGGCUCCUUCAUCCGCACGAGAAAUUCCUGUCUCUCGGAUUUCCCGAUUCACCGUGCAGGUAUGACGGUCUAGAACACUUCUAUUCCUACCUAACUGGAUAAUUCUUUUGAAAUUAUUUCAGUUUCUUCCGCUGUCAACCAAUCACUGAAGGACAGUGAAGUAGAUAUAUUUUUCAUUUAUCAAAUAAAACAAUCACAUCAAAAUGGUUAGUAUAAAAGUAUCGAAAAAACCGCAGAGAUUUAUCCUCGGUGCCUAUCUGCAACGAAUACCAUAGGUGUUCAAAAUACCAGCUGUGGGAAAAACAUACUGCUACA